AUGGUUGGGGACAUGGGAAGCAGUCUAAUGAACGAACGAGGCUACGACAGUGAUGCCCAGUGCAUUGGGAGUCCUCAGCAUUCCGAUCAUAUGAAAGCGUCACCCAGAAGCCCGGCGGUUCGCAGAAUGGGGUUACGUGAUCUAAUAGAGCACAGUCGUGAGCGAAACGACUUGGAGAUGUGGGCGGGUUCCGCAAGCUAUGAUCAACCCGACUCCCCGGGAACUCCCUUUGGGAUGCAUUAUAUACCCACGCCAACAGGAAGUUUGAGGGGGCACUCAGCCCAUCCUAACUCUGCAACCGAAGGCACAGGUAGCCAGUCCGUGCCUUCAUUCAACAAUGGGCGGUCGGGCGAUCAAGACACGUUCACGAAAGCUCUCCCAAGUCUCCCUGCCAGUCAAGAAGAAUCAGCUCCAGCAAGCCAAGAUUGUCUCCGAUCUCGAGAAGGCUUCAUAGGCAGCAGCCGUGAGAAUCUUCAAAAUCUUGUGCCUAACUGGACUCAGUACGUGGGAUCAAAUCCCAACGAUCGUCGCGCAGCAUCUUCAGCGUCGCUAGCCAGGGAAGAUCGGGGCAUUAUGGUUUCGAAAACACGACAACAAACAAGCUCUCCCAGGACACACUCUGAGACCCGAGUACCGCAUCUUGGUGAUCUAGACCUUUCGCACAGACUCGCAGGGACAAGCAUGGGGUCCGGGCCGCCAUCAACUAACCCAUCCAUGUUGGAACUGCCACGUGCGAAUAGGUAUGGGCCACAAAUGGCAUCACAAGAGAACUUUCAAUCUCAUGAGAAAUCUGGAACAUCGGAAAAUGUGGGAUCGGAGUCCCAGAAGCAAGCUACGUCUCAUCAACGAGACGCGUCCUCUUUCUAUUCGCAUCAAAGCAGUAACCCUUCACAUGGGGCAUCUGCCGUUCAAUCCCUGAAAAUCCACGCUGCAAAUGCAAUGGAUAGUUUACCCAAUAUCCAUGCACAAAUGGCAGUUGAGACUGGUUCCGUCCAUAAUGAACGGGAACCAGGUGGCGAGGUUGUGAAAAGCGAGUUUGUUGAGCAACUUGAUGCGGCAAAUUGGGGAACACCCCAGGUUCAAGGCACUUCCAAUGGCGCCAGCGGUGCGGGUCCACAUCGCAGAGUCAGUCCUGGCUGGAUGACCGGGGGCCGACGAAUGGGCUACGGGUAUAGCUUGGUGGAUAAUGCUGACGAUCUCCCACCAACAACUGGAGGGAACAGCAGUCCAUUCCCAAACGGGGAGUGGCACAGGGACACUUCGGGACCCAGGUCUGACAGCCGAUGGUCUCCUAUGAACACGAGUCCUACAAAUACCAAAGGGGAACCCAUUUUGACACCAACGAUGUGGGCCAAAAUGAAGAGCCAAUCAGUUCGAGGUAAUCGUCACGCACCGCUGGCGGUGGAUUUGGCUGGUGAAGGAAUGGCUGCAGAGGAAGCCCGCCAUGGAAGUUCAAUUCGCCCGCAGCACAUUGAGUCGCCAACUUCUGCAAAGACGCCUACUUCUGCAGCCAGCUUCUAUAUCGAAGACGUGGAUGAGACGUUCUUAAGUCGAUGGGCGAAGGCCAGCCGUUCCACACGUAAACAACCACAAGCAAACAAGUACCACGAUUCAGCCCAUGGGCGCACUGUCUCUUCUCCGGAUGCUUCACCACUUGGUGAACGCCGCUCCUCGGUGGAUCAGACUGACUACCGACCCUCCGUGUACUUCGAUCCGUCGAAUGACAGGAGUGCAGACAGAUUGAAUAGAGUACCUUCCCGCUCACGUAGUGGACGUUGGUUAUUAAAGUUCUCCAGAAACAGGGAAAGCAAGAAACGCUCGAACCUCCCUGCAAAAGCAGCAUCUCAGGAAGAACCAUCUCAAGAGUCGCCAGUACAGUACGAAGAGCGUCCGUCGAGUGAUCUAGGACGAGCAGAUUCUACCAGAAGCGAUGCAGCAGAAGAGCUCGCGAGUGCGUAUCAGGAGUGCAUUGGGAUGCCUGGGGCGUUUUAUGGAAGCCGGUGGGCGAGCCGAACAAGUCUGGUGGUGGAAGCGGAGUGA